AUGCUCUCCACGCCUCGCCCCCCUUGCCCUGCUCCUCCGUCGAGUCCGCCCUUUCCCAUCUACGAGGACGACCUGGACGAGCGGGAACCCGCACGGCGAUACCCCUUGAGGGAGCUGUCCGUCACGCCUUUCGGUGCCGUCGCCAGCUUCAGAGAGCCUUCCUUCAGGCCGGUGCCCUCGGCCGACAAGGAAAACCUCGCGGCGCUCCGGGAAGCGCUCGAGAUUCGUGAGAAAGUUCUCGCCCGGCGCGACGUGGACAUUGACCAAGUCAUACGUCAGCUUCACUUUCACCAGGGUCGACUCGAGCAAUCUCUUCAGCACGCCAUGCCUCUCGACUCGGAUGACUCGAGCUCGGAGCCCGACCUCAGCGUUCUCGGCAUGGCCCGCGCCGCCGUCGUGGGCCUGGACCAUACCAUGGGCGCCGUCGCCUACGACGACGAGGACGAGGACGUGCUGUCCCAGGAGCAGUACGACGACACGAGCAUCGACGACGAGCAGGCGGAGGACCACGACGGGUCCCUCCCCUUCGACCCAGCCGCCGUUGGCCUCAAGGAAAUUUCCAACCUCGGCAAGUUCACCGUCGGCAGCCACAAGCCAGGCUGCGGCGUCAACGAGCUCCGGAGCGACGACUUGAAACAGUACUGGCAGUCCGACGGCCCGCAGCCGCACAAGCUCACCGUCUACUUCGUGAAGCGCGUCGGCAUUCGCGACAUCCGAUUCUACGUCGACUACAACGAGGACGAGUCCUAUACGCCCACCAAGAUUGUCUUCAAGUCCGGCACGAGCGAGAACAAUCUCAUCGAAUUUGCCGCCAUGAACCUCGACAACCCCGUCGGGUGGCAGCAGGUUCCCAUUGCAGGCGCCGGAGGCGAACCGGACGGAAACACGCUUGUCUCCUACGUCCUUCAGAUGCAGGUGCUCGAAAAUCACCAAAACGGAAAGGACACGCACCUCCGCGGCAUCAAAAUCUACGCCUUUGAUGCCGAUGCCGCCCAGGGGGCAGGCCGCGGGGCCCCUGCCAUGAUGGAUGCCAUGGACACGACCGGCAUCGAUGACCAGCACGUCGUUGCUUCGAAUUCGCAUGACCCGCUGGGUGACAUGGCUCGGUCCCUCGCCGCCGCGAGAAUCGAGUCCGGCGAGACGACGUUCACCAUGCCGGACUUUAUGCGUGAACCCGAGAUUCGCUGA